CCACACACUACAGGGGACCACGGAGGUAUUGCUAUGAGGAAUAGACUAGGAGACCCAGUACGAGGUGGCUUAAUGGAGAAAGAGAAACACACUGGUGAGGACUGUGACACAACUGGUCUUAAGCUUAAUGUUAAUGAUCGUUCUACUAUGCACUCCCAGCAGCUGAGGUAUUUCCUCAGUACAGCAGACGCUGUGGCUGCAUUGCGAGACUUCUUUCAACUAUUGCACGAACAUCUGAAGUGGAAAACGUCUUCGUCUUAAGGCUUGCACCAAUGAUCCAUCUUCGGACUUCGGAGGCAUCUUCGCGACGUUUUCAAGUGGGAAACAGUCUCAGGAUGGACUUCGAGAUGGAUUACGGUGGCCUCUAAUCGUCGCCGGGAGGUGCAAUUCCUGUCGGAGGUGGAAGAAAAGAGGGCUGUCGUCAGCAGGAACCACGAGUGCUGCAAGCAACACCUCCUCGACAGCAGGAUCCACGUCUAGGACAGCCACAGCAUCUCGUAGUAAGACAACAACAAAGUACGUCAGGAGCUCAACAGACAAGUACGUCAGAAAGCACAGGACGAAAGCAAGUUCCGCCAACUUCGAAG